AUGUUCUUCAUCAAGGAGCUUACCCAUACGAUAAUGCUUCACCCUUCGUACUUUGGCCCGCGAAUGGUUGAGUACCUGGAAAGCAAGCUCAUGUCGGACGUUGAAGGCACCUGCUCUGGGAAGUUUGGGUAUAUAAUAUGUGUUCUCACUGUUACGGAUGUUGGAGCUGGAAUUGUGCUUCCUGGUACCGGUCAAGCUGAGUUUAUAGCGCGGUACCGAGCCAUCGUCUUCAAGCCGUUUAAGGGGGAGGUUCUGGAGGGUAUCGUUGGGGAGGUGAACAAGAUGGGCUUCUUUGCUGAAGUUGGACCGCUCAACAUUUUCGUGUCAAAUCACUUAAUUGGAACGGACUUUAAAUUUGACCCCAAUUCUUCCCCCCCUGCAUGGACGUCCGCGGACCAGGUAAUUGAAAAGAAUACUCAUGUACGGAUAAAAAUCGUUGGGACUCGUGUGGAUGCAACUGAAAUUUUUGCUAUCGGAACAAUUAAGGAGGACCAUCUCGGUGUCAUCGACUGA